AUGUCUGAAGUGACGGUACUCAUUAUCGGCUGCGGCGUUGCCGGGCCCGUCCUUGCAAACUUCCUAAAACGCAAAGGAUACAAUCCGAUCGUCUUUGAAAAGGUCUCAAAAUUGGGAGAUGUGGGAGCGUCACUCAUGAUGAUGCCCAAUGGGCUCAAAGCUCUCAACCUGGUCGGUGUGGCCGAGGAGAUUGAGAAGAGGUCUCAGCCACUCGAGGCAUUCCAAGACGCCACUUCCGAUGGUGAUGUUAUUGGGUUCUCGGACUUGCCGCAAAGUUUCAGGUCGCGCUAUGGACUACCUGCGCUCGGUGUCAAGCGGACGGAACUGAAUCUGAUGCUUAAAGACAUGCUCACCGAUCGGGGGGUCGAUGUGAGAGAGGGUUGGGAGCUGGAAGAUAUUGAGGAAGGGGAAGACUCGGUGACUGCUCAUUUCAAAGGACACGGGUCUGUCACGGGCUCGUUCCUCAUCGGCUGCGAUGGAAUCAAAGCUGUUUCCAGGCGUAUCCUUCUGAGCAAGAGAAGCCUUAGUGAAGGGCUGCCAGACUUUACCCAGUUGACCCAGACCGCCGGUUUGUCACCGACACCACAGGCGCUGAAGAGUCGAUCUAGUAUGCGGAAUUGGUUUGGAGAAGGAGUCCAUAUGAUCGCUUAUCCAGUCUCUCCCGACGUGACUUCCUGGGCAUUGACCUUGCCUGAAGGCGAGGGCAAUGAAGCCGAUUGGGGUCUUUGUACCCUGCAAGAAAUGGCUGCAAGGAAAGAAAAGCUCCUUGCGGAGAUCAGCUCCUGGCAGGAUAAAUCGCCGGCAGAAUUGAUUCGGAAUUCAUCUCGAAUCAUCAAAUUCGGUAUCUUUGAUCGCAAAGAGAUGAGUCCAGAUCAGUGGCAUUCCAAGAGAUGUGUUUUGGCAGGCGACGCCGCACAUCCGACGAGCCCACAUCUUGGACAAGGGGCCAACCAAGCACUUGAAGACUGUUUCCAUCUCAGCCAUGCCUUGCCAUACUUGGUUCCAGGAAGCGAGGACUACGAGGAGAGCUUGCGAAAGGUUGGCCCGGGACUAACAGACAUCUUUGAGGCGUUUGCGAAGAAGAGACAACCACGAACGUCGGCGUUGGUCAAAGGUGCACGUACUCAGGGUCAGACGCGGGUCGUGACCACCGGGCCGGACGACUGUAGGCGGAGGAAUGAGGAGGUUGCCGCUGGCUGGAGGGACGUCGAGGCAAUAGCUGCAAAAUACGAUGCACUUUGCCGUGAGCCGUUCCAGGGAACCCCUACAUAA